AUGAAGGCGUCAAGCCUACGGGCCUCGCUGUCGCUCUUGGCGCCAAAACCCUGCCUGUUCAGCGGCGCCCAGACCAGAUUUCUCCACAGGACCAGACCGCCUCACGAGAUACCCCAACCGCGACCCUUCGUCCCCGACGUGCCGACUUUUCUGACGCUCAUCGGGCGCGGCCUCAGCAAGCACGCAUCCAAGUUCCCGUCAUGGGAGGCCCUCUUCUCUCUUACCUCGCCCGAACUCAGGGAACUCGGCAUCGAGCCGCCUCGGAACCGACGCUAUCUCCUCCAGUGGAUGCAGCGCUAUCGCAAGGGGGCGCUGGGUCCCGGGGGUGAUUUCGAGCACGUCAGGGACGGCAAGGCCAUCCUGAAGGUGGCUACGCCGCCUGCCUCGGCGGUCAGCGAUGCCAAGUGGGUGGUCAACGUCCCCGAAGCCAGCGAAGAGGGAGGCGACGGCGCGGCCCCGGCCCCGGCCUCACAAAGCCUGGUCCGGCCCAGGGGCUACGCAGUCCGCGGUCUGAGGUCAAUAGCGGGACCGUACGCCACGCCGCUUCCCGGAGAAGCGGGUGCCAUUGUGCAAGUCACCGAGGGCAUGUGGGAGCAGCGCCGAGGAAGAAAGGUUGACGGCGGUGAGCGUCGCAGAGCAGAGAUCCGUUUCAAGCGUCGCUCUGCUGAGCGCAGGGCAGAGCGGGAGGCCGAGAUGAUGGCUAAGAUGUAG